AUGUCCUUGAAGUCAGCAAAAGCAAUCUGGGAUUAUUUCAAGACAGAGUAUGCAGGCAAUGAAAGGAUUCGUGGAAUGCAAGUGCUUAAUCUCAUCAGGGACGAAUUGCAGAGAAUGAAGGAGUCAGAAUCAAUAAAAGAGCACCCGGACAGACUUUUAAGCAUUGCCAACAAGGUGAGGUUGCUUGAAACCGAGUUAACAGAUUCAAGAAUUGUGGAGAAACUACUUGUAACAGUGCCAGAGAGGCAAGCCAUGAGACGAUAUGGAGUAGUAGAAGGAGCCUUACCAGCCAAACAUCAAGACAACAACAAGAAUUUAAGGAAGAACUUCAAGAAUCAGUCAGAAAAUGGAGAAAGUUCAUUCAACAAUAAUAAGAAGGGAAAAGGAGGAGGCUCGAAAAAGAUAUUUCCACCCUGCCAACACUGUGGGAAGAAAGGCCAUCCACCUUUCAAAUACUGGAGGAGACCUGAUUGA